UCAUGUUUAGAGUUCCACGCGUAAUAACAGGUUUGUUAAAUCUGCAAAAUGUUAUAAACCAUGUUUGUUAAAUCUGCAAAAUGUUAUAAACCAUGUCCUGGAGCUUGACUGUGUAGCUUUAAAAGGAACUUGAACCGCAUGAGAAUUUGCUUCAACCUGAACCUGAUUUUACAAUUUUACACAAGUAAUUUCUGGGUUAUCUAUUCUGAUAUGAAGCCUGAGAAUGCUGAAGAAGCGCGUAAACAUGAUGACACUGUUCCAUAUCACAGACUGUUCUCAUUUGCAGACUCCACUGACAUCUUGUUGAUGAUUGUUGGCACCAUUGGAGCCAUUGGAAAUGGUUUGAGCAUGCCUAUCAUGGCAUUGCUGUUCGGAGAAUUGGUUAAUGGCUUUGGAAAUAACGUGUUUGGCCCUGACGUUGUCAACCAAGUUUCCAAGGUCUGUCUAAAAUUUGUUUACUUGGGAAUAGGCAAUGGUGUGGCUGCAUUCCUCCAGGUAGCUUGCUGGAUGACCACAGGGGAGAGACAAGCUGCAAGAAUAAGGGGCUUGUAUUUGAAAACUAUAUUGAGACAAGAUGUUGCUUUCUUCGAUAAGGAAACAAACACCGGCGAGGUGAUAGGGCGAAUGUCAGGGGACACUGUUCUCAUACAAGAUGCCAUGGGUGAGAAGGUUGGCAAAUUUUUGCAGCUAAUAGCUACAUUCAUUGGGGGCUACGUGAUAUCAUUUAUCAGAGGGUGGCUUCUUACUGUUGUCUUGUUAUCCACUCUUCCACUUCUUGUCGCUGCAGGCGCUGCUAUGGCCUAUGUCAUAGGAAGGAUGGCAUCCCGGGGUCAAAAAGCAUAUGCAAAAGCUGCACAUGUAGUUGAACAGACAAUUGGUUCAAUAAAAACUGUUGCAUCAUUUACUGGGGAAAAGAAAGCAGUAUCUAGUUACAAAAAACUUCUUGCAGAUGCUUACAAAUCAGGAGUUCAUGAAGGUUUCUUUUCUGGAAUGGCCAAUGCCAUGAUUAUGUCAGUCAUUUUCUGCAGUUAUGCUUUGGCUGUAUGGUUUGGAGCAAAGAUGAUAAUAGAUAAAGGAUAUGAUGGAAGUCAGGUGACCAAUAUCAUCGUUGCUGUUUUAACUGCUUCAAUGUCUCUAGGUCAGGCGUCUCCUUCCCUAAGUGCUUUUGCGGCUGGUCAAGCUGCAGCUUAUAAAAUGUUUCAGACAAUUGAACGAAAGCCAGAGAUAGAUGCUUAUGAUCCAAACGGAGAAAUAUUAGAUGAUAUUCAUGGUGAAAUAGAUUUAAGGGAUGUUUAUUUCAGUUAUCCAACAAGACCCGAGGAGUUGAUAUUCAAUGGAUUCUCUCUUUAUAUACCUAGUGGUACCACUGCAGCUUUAGUAGGAGAAAGUGGAAGUGGAAAGUCUACAAUUAUAAGUUUGAUAGAGAGAUUCUAUGAUCCACAGGCAGGUCAAGUUCUUAUUGAUGGCAUCAACAUGAAAGACUUUCAGCUGAGAUGGAUCAGAGGAAAAAUUGGCCUUGUUAGCCAAGAGCCGGCGUUGUUUGCAUGUAGCAUUAAGGAUAACAUUGCAUAUGGAAAAGAGGGAGCCACAAUUGAAGAGAUAAGGGUUGUUGUGGAGCUUGCAAACGCUGCUAAAUUCAUUGAUAAACUGCCACAGGGAUUGGACACCAUGGUAGGUGAGCAUGGAACUCAGCUAUCUGGCGGACAAAAACAACGCAUUGCCAUUGCAAGAGCAAUCCUGAAAGAUCCAAGAAUUUUACUUCUCGAUGAAGCUACAAGUGCACUUGAUUCAGAAUCUGAAAUGACAGUGCAAGAAGCUUUAGAUAGGAUCAUGGUCAAUAGAACUACUAUUGUUGUUGCACAUCGCCUGAGCACAGUGAGGAACGCUGACAUGAUCACUGUAAUUCAUAGAGGGAAAAUGGUUGAGAAAGGAACACAUGUAGAAUUACUCAAGGAUCUUGAGGGAGCUUACUCUCAACUUAUACGUUUACAACAAGUAAACGAGUAUUCAGAAGAAAGUACAGACAAUCAAAACAAGAGAAACCUUUCCUCGGAGUCACUUAGAAGAUCAGGAUCAUCUUUGAGUAAUAGUAGGCGUCGUUCACUUUCAAUUUCUCUAGGUUUACCUAUAGUUAACGACCCUGAUGCUGAAUAUGAAAAUUUACAACCCAAAGAAAAAUCACCAGAGGUUCCACUCCUACGCCUUGCUUCCCUAAAUAAGCCAGAGAUUCCAGCACUUCUAAUUGGAUGUGUAGCUGCCAUAGCAAAUGGUACAAUACUUCCAAUAUAUGGCGUUUUGCUUUCUAGUGUAAUUAAAACAUUAUACGAACCAUUUCCUGAUAUGAAAAAGGACUCCAAGUUUUGGUCACUGAUGUUCGUUGUCCUUGGAGUUGCAUCUUUAGUGGUAAUUCCGGUCCGAGGUUACUUUUUCUCUGUGGCUGGCAACAGGUUAAUCCAACGUAUCAGGCUGCUUUGUUUUGAGAAGGUGAUCAACAUGGAAGUUGGUUGGUUCGAUGAGCCUGAGCACUCAAGCGGAGCAAUUGGUGCAAGGCUCUCAGCAGAUGCUGCAUCUGUACGCGCCCUUGUUGGUGAUGCCCUAGGACUAUUGAUUCAAAACAUAGCAACAGCAUUGACAGGUUUGAUUAUUGCUUUCAUUGCAAGUUGGCAACUAGCUUUUAUUGUUCUUGUCAUGGCUCCCCUAAUGGGAAUGAAUGGAUAUGUUCAAAUGAAAUUCAUGAAGGGAUUCAGUGCAGAUGCAAAGAUGAUGUAUGAGGAAGCGAGUCAAGUUGCUAAUGAUGCAGUUGGAAGCAUAAGAACAAUAGCUUCUUUUUGUGCUGAAGAGAAAGUCAUGGAACUAUACAAUACGAAAUGUAAGGGUCCUGUUAAAACAGGAAUACAACAAGGCUUGGUUAGUGGAACAGGAUUUGGGGUUUCAUUUUUCUUACUUUUUAGUGUCUAUGCAACCACUUUCUAUGCUGGAGCCAAAUUUGUGGACGCUCGCAAGGCGUCAUUCUCAGAUGUUUUUCGGGUUUUCUUUGCUUUAACAAUGGCAGCUGUUGGAGUUUCACAAUCAAGUUCUCUAGCUCCUGAUUCUAGCAAAGCCAAGACGGCCACUGCUUCUAUAUUUGAAAUAAUUGACAGGAAGUCAAAGAUAGAUCCAAGUGAUGAAUCUGGUACCACGCUGGAUCGCACAAAAGGAGAAAUAGAGCUUUGUCAUGUAAGCUUUAAGUAUCCAUCUAGACCAGAUAUACAAAUUUUCCGAGACCUUAGUUUGACUAUCCAUUCUGGAAAGACUAUGGCCCUUGUUGGUGAAAGUGGAAGUGGGAAGUCCACAGUGAUUGCCUUGUUGCAAAGAUUUUAUGACCCUGAUUCAGGUCAAAUUACACUUGAUGGUAUAGAAAUUCAAAAAUUGCAGCUCAAGUGGUUAAGGCAGCAGAUGGGCAUUGUAAGCCAAGAGCCAGUCUUGUUCAAUGACACUAUCCGUUCCAAUAUUGCAUAUGGAAAGGAAGACAAUGCAACUGAAGCAGAUAUCAUAACUGCAGCAGAACUAGCUAAUGCUCAUAGGUUUAUUAGUGGCUUACAACAGGGUUAUGAUACAAUAGUGGGAGAAAGAGGGAUCCAACUAUCUGGUGGGCAGAAACAACGGGUAGCCAUUGCUCGUGCAAUAAUAAAAAGUCCAAAUAUAUUGCUACUAGAUGAGGCCACAAGUGCACUAGAUUCUGAGUCAGAGAGAGGUGUCCAAGAUGCAUUAGACAGGGUGAUGGUAAACAGGACAACUGUGGUUGUGGCACAUCGUCUAUCUACAAUUAAAAAUGCAGAUGUGAUUACAGUGCUUAAAAAUGGAGUUGUAGUGGAGAAAGGAAGGCAUGAGACUCUCAUUAACAUUAAGGAUGGAUUUUAUGCUUCCUUAGUCCAACUUCAUACAAGUGCAACUACUUUAUGAUAUUUCGGUUCUAUUGAAUAUCUUGUAAAUAAGUAGGAUAUCUUGUAUAAUUGUACUGUAUAAUAUUGCACCUAUUAUAUAUAAUACAAACCGUUGUGUGGUUGAGACACUAGAUUCA